CUGCAAUAAAGUGAAUUUGAAAUAGUGUGAAGUCAUUUUCGCAUCGUCCAUUUCCAAUACCAUGUCCGAGGCCGCUGUCGAACAGAAGUUGCGCGUGCUCCUCGAGCGGUACGAGUCGCUUACGGCGAUCCUCGUCUCGACGUCCGAAGGCGUCCCGCUCCUGCGCGUUGAGCCGGAGGGUGAAGCCGACCAUCCGCUUGAAGAUGCUGAGACGGUGCUUCCGAGCGUAUUCGCUGCCGCUGCUGAGCAGGCGGGGAAGCUCCAGUUUGGCGCAAUGAAGUCCGUCACGUGUUUUUUCGACGACACAGUGCUCAUCCAUCUGAACCACCUUCCGCUCGUGACGACGCUCAUUGCCCAAGACACGGCGACCGUCGGUGCGUUUCUCGACUUGGCGGACGACCUUCAAGUGCUUUUGACACCGCUGAAGAAGGCAGUCGAGGCCUCCGAGGGCCAUUAA